GAAUAUCAAAUUGAUAUAUUUUUUGCCCAGACGUGGACCGACAGCCGUCUGCGCUUCAACAGCACCAUGAAGAUCCUGACUCUGAACAGCAACAUGGUGGGCUUGAUCUGGAUCCCAGACACAAUAUUCCGUAACUCAAAGACAGCAGAGGCUCACUGGAUCACCACCCCCAACCAGCUCCUGCGCAUAUGGAACGAUGGCAAGAUCUUGUAUACCCUCAGGCUCACCAUCAAUGCUGAGUGCCAGCUGCAGCUGCACAAUUUCCCAAUGGAUGAACACUCAUGUCCUCUGAUAUUCUCUAGCUAUGGCUACCCUAAAGAGGAAAUGAUUUACAGAUGGAGAAAAAACUCAGUGGAGGCUGCUGACCAGAAAUCUUGGAGACUCUAUCAGUUUGACUUUAUGGGUCUGAGAAAUACUUCAGAAAUUGUGAAAACCUCUGCAGGUGAUUAUGUAGUCAUGACUAUAUACUUCGAUUUAAGUAGAAGAAUGGGAUAUUUCACUAUUCAAACAUACAUUCCCUGUAUAUUAACAGUUGUGCUUUCCUGGGUAUCCUUUUGGAUUAAAAAAGAUGCCACACCAGCAAGAACAGCAUUAGGCAUCACUACAGUGUUGACCAUGACAACCCUGAGUACCAUUGCAAGGAAGUCAUUACCCCGUGUCUCCUACAUCACUGCUAUGGAUUUGUUUGUGACUGUCUGUUUCCUGUUUGUCUUUGCUGCUCUGAUGGAGUAUGCAACCCUCAACUACUACUCCAGUUGCAGGAAACCAAACUGUACUAAGAAGAAAAAGUCGCUACCUGAUGUCAGUUUUGGUCAUGUGAUGAAUUAUUCUGUACUUGAUAUGAGGCCACCAACGACAGUCAUCACAUUGAACAAUGCCAUGUAUUGGCAAGAAUUUGAAGAUGCAUGUGUCUAUGAAUGUCUGGAUGGGAAAGACUGCCAGAGCUUUUUCUGUUGUUAUGAAGAGUGUAAAUCAGGCUCAUGGAGGAGAGGACGGAUUCACAUAGACAUCUUAGAACUGGACUCUUACUCUAGGGUCUUUUUUCCUACAUCCUUCCUGCUGUUUAACCUGGUCUACUGGGUUGGAUACCUCUAUCUUUAA